UUUGCUCUGUCAUUUUUGGAUUAUUAUAGUAGUAAUUAUUUAAAAUAAAUUGUGAAAGUGCAACUAACUGUUAGUUUAACCUACGUUCUUAGCAGGGGUAAGCUGUAUUAGAUCUUUCUAAAGUAGUUUGAAUGCACUUUUUAGUUUGUUUAUAUCCUAACCUGCGAUAGAUAAGGAGGCGUCAGAGAUAAUAGAGAUAAUAAAAAUACAUUUUACGAAGUCCAGUGGCGGGUUGUAGAAAUACAAACAAACAUGCCCAACUUAAUUUGUUCCUGUUGCAAUAAGUCGUACAAAUCGAAUUUUAUGAUUAAAUGCUCCGUUUGCACUAAGGUGUUCAGACAUUUGUGCGUAAAUGUUACUCUUGAGGAAAUAAAUAUGUUUAAUGAUAACGAAAAUGGCUUUGAUUGGUCUUGUACUAGUUGCAGAACGAUUGGAAAUCAAAUAAAGGAUCUUAACGCUUUAAUACUGAUGCUUCAAGAAGAAGUCAAAAGCCUCAAAGAGGAUAAUAAACAAUUGGGGACUUCUAAUAAUUCAAUAGUGUUUGAAGAAGUUGUCCAAGAAAUUAAUGAGCGAAACAAACGAAAGCGCAAUAUUAUUCUUUUUGGGGUUCCAGAACAGGAUCAGGUCCUAUCAACAGAAGAUCGGAGCGAAAAUGAUAAAACAGAAGUAAAGAGCAUUAUAAAAUAUAUUGAUCGGAGCAUAGAUCUAAAACAUCUGAAGCCAAUUAGACUUGGUCGUUUUAGUGAUAGCCGAAACAGACCAAUGAAGAUUACAAUGGAGGAAGAAACCGAUGUCGUUAGUUUGAUUAAGCAAGCCAGCUCAUUAAAGAAUGGAAAAUAUAAACAUGUUUCUAUUUCCUUUGACCGUACUAAAAGGCAAAUAGACUAUUACAGACAGUUGAAAAUGGAACUGGAUGAGAAAAACAAUAAAUGUACUGAAAAGUUUAGAAUUAGAUACGUUGAUGGUACUCCAACCAUAGUACCUUUAAACCGUUAAUGCCCAACAGGUCCUCAAACGAUAACGCUCAGCUUCAAUGUUACUACCAAAAUGUGCGAGGUUUAAAUUCUAAAGUUGACGAUUUUUAUACCAGUGUUUGUGAAGCAGAGUUCGAUGUAGUCGCGUUAAGUGAAACUUGGCUAAGUAGUGAUGUUAAAAGUUCGGAAAUAUUUUCUGAGACAUAUGAAGUGUACCGUAAAGACCGCAGACUAGAUUUACUAGAAAAAUCAACUGGAGGAGGAGUAUUAUUGGCACUUAAAAGCUGCAUAAAAUCAAGCAAGUUUGAUACAUCUAUGUUUGAUAUACAUUUUCCCUCAAUCGAUUUACUUAUUGUAAAGUGUUCGAUUGACCAUAAAGUAUUUUAUUUAUUAGUUCUGUACAUUCCUGAUAGGCUGACUGUAGAUGAUUUUGAAUAUUUUUUUGAUUGUUUAGAGCAAUUGGAUAUCUUUAAUAAUAUUAUUAUGUUAGG